AUGGCACAAUUCCAUGUGAUCAUCCUUGUACCUUUACUCAUCUUCGCCACCGUACGUAUCUAUGAAACGUUGCGUGCUUACACAGCCCGCUCAUCACUAGCUCAAAAGAAUAACUGCAAGCCUCCCAAGAAGUAUCCACACAAGGAACCCAUACUAGGCCUGGAUCUCUUCUACUCCAUGGUCCAAUCUGCGAAGAAGGGGCACUCUCUGAAAUCUCUCGUACAGCUCCACGAAACAUAUGGACGAACUUUUCAAGCUACCUCUUUUGGAGAGACUAUCAUCAACACCACCGAGCCCAAGAUCUUGACAACGGUGCUGGCAACGAAGAGCGAGAAUUUUGGCGUUUGGUCUAUCAGAGCCCCUCCGGCGACUCCUUUAGUUGCUGGAGGCGUCUUCACGACUGAUGGUGCUGACUGGGCCCAUUCACGGGGACUGAUAAAGCCUUGCUUUGCUAGAGCUCAAGUCGCUGAUCUGGUUUCGUUGAAGGUGCAUGUCGACCGGCUGGUCGAGUUGAUUCCCAAAGAUGGAUCAACGUUUGACUUGCAGACAUUGUUCUCCCGCCUUUCUCUCGACAGUUCCACGGGAUUCCUAUUCGGCGAGUCACUAGACUCGCUGCUCGAGACGAAUUCGAUCGAAACAGAAAAGUUCCUCAGUUCUUUCAAUACUGCUCAAUACGGCGUAGGCGAAAGGGUCCGUUUAGGCAAACUACGUUUCCUGUACCGAGACAAAAGGUACACAGAAGCUUGCAAGUCUGUGCACAGUUUCAUCGACAACUAUGUUGUGAAGGCUGUGAACAAUAAACCUGAAGAGGAAGGAAACAAAUCGGAGCCCACAAACCCCCAAAGGAAGCGUUAUAUCCUGCUAGACGAGAUGGCCAAGGUCACGAAGGACACAACGGAUCUGCGGUACCAAAUCUUGAGCGUCUUUCUCGCAGGCCACGAAGCAACUGCGGUCGCUCUUGGUAGUAUCUUUUUCCAUUUAGCUCGCAACCGUGCGAUCUGGGAUAGGCUGCGAUCUGAAGUAAAGGCUGUUGGUAAUGCACCAUUGACAUUCGAGCUCUUAAAGAGUAUGCAGUACCUACGCUACGUGAUAUCGGAGAAUCUCCGUCUAAACCCGGUCGCACCGUUGAUGAGCCGCAUGUGCUUGCGCGACACGGUCCUUCCCGCCGGCGGUGGCCCAGAUGGUGGUGACCCACUCCUUGUCACCAGAGGUCAGACCAUCGCUUGGAGUACGUACGCUUUGCACCGCGACUCAUCAUUCUGGGGCGCUGAUGUCGAAUCAUUCCGGCCGGAGAGAUGGGAAGAUGUCCGUCCGAGGUGGGAGUACAUACCGUUCGGUGGCGGAACGAGAAUCUGUCCCGCUCAACAGCUCGCCUUGACAGAGAUCGGUUACGUCGUCGUCCGGCUUGUGCAAACGUUUAAGACUCUGGAGAACAGGGAUCCCAAACCGUGGGAGGAGCUGCUGAAGAUGACGCUCGUCAGCAAGAAUGGGGUUCAAGUGGGGAUGUUCCCGGAGUGA